AUGGCAAAACCUCCACUUCGGCCACCCGGUCGACGUGGAGGAUCAAAUAAAUCAAUGCUCACAUGGGCCAUCCUCCUCCUCCUCAUCGCUGCUGCUAAUCCUCAGUCCCUCCCACAACAAUCUGAUUCGGUUCAGAGGAUAAUAGCCGCCACUCAAAGUCCUCGCCCUGAGUCGAGUCGUCGCCCUCAGGCUGGCCGCAGUCCAGCAGAGAUCCCUCUCCUCAAGAACGACGUGACCACCGUCAAGUUCAGAAGCACCGAUGAAUCCCCCGAAAACCACAAACUCCGUCCUUUGGCUCCAGCUCACGAUUACCGUGAUGUUGUCCGAGCACCACUUGUCCAGUCUGUAGAGUCCUCUUCUGGCCUCACUUCGCUUCAUUCAGCGCGGCUGCUUCAAGAUUGGGAGGUCGAGAAUCUCAUACUCCUAGCCACUAUUGAUGGCACAAUACACGCUCGAGAUCGAAAGACCGGCAUCGAAAGAUGGUCUCUGGGAAUUCCGAACAGCCCCAUGAUCGAGACCAUACACCACAAGCUGAAUCGAAGCCAUUUGGAAAGCUCACAAUACGAGGAUGACUAUAUGUUUAUUGUCGAGCCCAGUAAAGAUGGCAAUCUAUUCCUCCAGCACAAAGACCCAAGGAUUGGUCUUCAACGGUUGGGUAUCACUGUCAAAUCUCUUGCCAGUGACGAACCAACUAUAGUCGACGACCCUCCUUUGGUCACAGUUUCAAGUCAGCGAACUGCUGCUUAUGUCGUUGAUGCUGCCACCGGACACAUUCUUCAGGAAUUCGACACCCAUCAACCUUUCUCAAACAGCGAUCAAAGCCGCAGCUGCCGCAGGCUGAGUGGCUUUGAACUGGACGAUCCAGCCUGCGAGCCUCUGGGAGAACUCAAUCUAGGAAGGAUCGAAUACACUGUUCAAAUUUCUCACAAGUAUACACGACAGCCCUUAUGCACUAUUCGGUUUGCUGAAUGGCUGCCGAACAAAGCCGACAGCGAUCUGCAAGAUCAAUACGUUGCUCCUCUCGACAGUUAUCAUAUUCAAAGUCUAUACAAUGGCCGCAUCAUUGGAUUCAAUACCGACUCAAUCCAGCCUCGUGCCUUCAAAUUGGCUCUGGACACCCCUGUUGCUCGAGUCUUCGAUGUUGUGCGUCCUAUCGAAACCACAGAACAGACGCCAAAGUUGGUUCUCCUCACACGGCCAUCAGAUUCAGCCUUGAUAUCCUCCCCGGAAAUCUGGCGCAAUGAAAUGCAACGUGCAGAUAGAGUCUUCGUUAAUAAAACCGAAUCGGGUGUUUGGUAUGCAAUGUCGGAACUCUCAUACCCUGGAGUCACCAGCGGUGCUGCUCCUGCCAGUUCUCACUGGAAUUAUGAGAAUCAUCCCCUCGACUUUGAUGGUGACUUGGACGACAUUGUGGGUGUCCAUGUUCUAUCUCGCACUCCGUCUGGCGCACCCUUGCGUUUAACCAUUUCGCCUCCUCCUGUAAUGGAUUUGGGUGAGGAGGUGGAAAAGAACAUGGCUUCAAUCGAGUCGAAACUACCGCCAUCUCUCUUACCUACUUUGAGCCAUCCAUUGUUAUCAGUUUUCAACAUCAUUGUUUUUAGCAUCUUUCUUUUCGUGUGUGGAGUUCAAAUGAAGCAACCUAUGAUGCUCAAGAUGCAACGACUUCUAAAGAAGGCUGGUGUCGAGAUAUCUGUUGACGACAACACGCCAGCUGCCUCUGCACAAACCUCAAAACCUCCAGACGAUCAGGAUCCACCAGUUGCCAAGGUAUCGGAGGAGAAAGACGUUGCUGAAGCUGUGAGUGAAGCCAUGGAAAAGAUCACCACCCCUGCAAGAAGCCGAGCACAGAGUUCAGUCAUCACUGUUGCUAGCCCUGUUAAGACUACCAUCGUCAAAGUUCCAGAUACAAAUGAAGAAAGCUCUGAAGGGGAAUCAGAAGAUGAUAAAGGAAAGCAAGACAGCGCCUCUGGUGAACCUACAGAGAAUGGCCAACAACCAAGGAAAAGACAUGCGAAACGUGGCAAACGAGGAGGCAAGAAAAAUAAAAAGGGCAAAAAGACAAUGGACCCGGAAGCUAUGGACGCUGAAAUCCUUACACCCGAGAUCCCUACCAAGGACGGACCACUCCUGGUCGGUCGACUUCGAAUUGACACCAAAGAGGAGAGUUGUCUCGGCCGAGGCAGCAACGGCACUGCUGUAUUUCCUGGCACUUUGGAAGGCCGUGAGGUCGCCGUGAAACGCUUGAUACGUUCGUCGAACAGUCUGGCAGCCAAGGAAAUCAAGCAUCUUCUAUCCAGUGACGAGAACCCUCACGUUGUUCGCUAUUUCGGCAAAGAGGAAUCUCAACACUUCACCUACAUUGCUCUGGAGCUUUUCACAACAUCUCUUGAUCAAUUUAUUGAGCGGCCCCUUCAGUACCCAAAUUUGAUCAAGCUCCCUGAAGGUUUUGAUGUUAAGGACUGUCUACGCCAAAUCACAGAUGGUGUACAACAUCUCCACUCAUUAAAACUUGUUCAUCGAGAUAUCAAACCUCAGAACGUCCUCGUCAAAGCUGUCAAAAGCAAUCGACCAUCGACUGGUCUACCAAAACUUCAAUUUGUCAUCUCUGACUUUGGUCUUUGCAAGCCUUUAGAGGAGGGUCCUGAGUCGACAUUUGCUCCCACUGCGAACCACACUGCAGCUGGUACUACUGGUUGGCGGGCUCCUGAACUUUUAGUUCACUCUCGUGCCGCUAUGACCGCACCAAAUUCUACGUCAACUACAUCAAAGUCCACAGUCCACUCUAGCGAGGGUGUUGUUGAUCGUCCCUCUGGCCGUCGCGCGACCAAAGCCAUCGACAUCUUCUCCCUAGGUUGUGUCUUUUAUUAUGUCAUGACUCAAGGUCACCAUCCUUUCGAUGUUGGCGGGACUAGUCUUGGACGUGAUCUUAAUAUCAAGGAAAACAAUUUCUCCACAGACGCUCUUCGUCUCCAUGAUUACCAGUUCGAUGCUGAUGAUCUUGUGAUGCAAAUGUUGAAGCAUGAUCCACGAGAUAGACCAGACACCCAAGACAUCCUCAGACAUCCAUACUUCUGGGAUGUAGCGGACAAGCUGGAGUUUUUGUGCGACGUGUCUGACUGCUACGAGAGAGAGAAGAAUUCCAUCAACAACAUCUUCGACGAGAAGGCACUUCGUACACAAACAGAACUAGAAUCUCUGGCUGAACUGACUGCUCUUGAAUCACUGGCCCCAAAUGUCAUCGGGCCCUCAAACGACUUCCUGCGAGCUAUUCCCCGCAGCUUCGUCAAUGAGAUGGGCAAACAGCGAAAAUACACGGGCUCCAAGAUGAUUGACCUUUUGCGCGUGAUUCGCAAUAAAAAGAACCAUUUCCACGAUCUUCCCGACGACGUCAAGGAGCAGAUGUUGGGAGGUGGAGCCAAAGGGUACUACGGUUUCUGGGCUAAACGCUUCCCUAGUCUUUUGAUCAACUGUCAUGCCCUGAUCAUCGAGAGGGAGUUGGCCACGCGGUUUAGGAUGGAGCGCUAUUUUGACGGUGCGGUUUGA